AUGGCAUAUUUCACCCGGUGUCUACAAGGUCUCCCAAAGAUUGACGUGAAUGACGUCCACAGGAUUGUCGACCACUGUUCACCUGCACCCGGUUGUAAGCGUGAAAAGGGAUUUAAACUGUACAUAUCAAGUUACAUCCACAACUUUGAAGGUGGGGAUGAAGGAUUCAAUUCCUGUAGAGCUGGUCCAUCACAGCUGUACAUGUGUAGCUGGAUCAGUGUUGUGUAACCAUUGUGUGGCUCUACUUUUCCAGUCUGCACAUUAUUCACAGCUUGACAUUCCAGUUGUUCCACCAGUGCUGAGCUGUACGGAGAGUGAACAACAGUGGCACAAGCCAAGAACCAUGGGUAUUAAACCAGGUCCCAUCGAAAAGAUGGCUGUGAUGUCUGCCAAACCAAAGCAGAGGACCAUGGCCGAGGGAGUAAGGUCCACACUGUACAAAGCCACCAGUGGAGAGUUGCUGGACCUGUCUGUUCUCAAAGUGUCAGAGAUCUACAAAGAGUUCACCCCUGUUUCUGCACCAACCAUUUGUACAAUGGGUAUCACCUGUGAGGUGCCACUGGUGAACUGUGCACUGGGUUUGGUACAAGUAGGUAGUCCUCUUUCAUAUCAACAACCCAUGGCAAGAAGUCGCUCUGUUGCUCACCCUGACGCUCCACCACGUCCAGAUUUGCCAUUGGCUGGCUGCAGACUGGAAACAUCGUGCUUUAUGUCUGUUUUCUCUGAGCAUCAACAGCUGCACUUCAAGUCACUUGAGGUUACCUGGGAAAUGGCUAAGAACAUAGAGGGUGCAACUAGGGGCCAAAGUGCAUCUACAGACUGGCAUAGACUGAGAAAACCUAGACUCACCUCAUCACAUUUUGGGGAAAUAUGCCAUGCAAAACCUUGCACCUUAGAAAAGAUGGCUGACCGGUUGCUCAAAGGGGUCCGUCAGACAGCAGCAAUGAAGAGGGGCCUCGAAAUGGAAGAUGAUGCCAUCGAGGAGUAUUGCCAGCUCAAGAGGGUGAACCACUACCCUUGUGGUUUUGUUAUACACCCUGACACACCCUGGUUAGGCACAUCCCCAGAUGGGGUUGUCUUUGACCCAACAGAGUGUUCUGAAUUCGGCCUUGUGGAAAUAAAAUGUCCAAACAUUAAAAGCUAUGUGGAUUAUUCACAUCUGAAAAUGAAAGACGGCAACCUGGAAUUGAAGCCAGGUCAUGGCUACUACUGGCAGGUGCAGGGUCAGCUGCUCCUAACGGGGAUGGAGUGGUGCGAUUUUGUGGUGUUUGCGGAGGAAGACACCCUGAUUCAAAGAAUAUACAGGGACAGUGAUGUGAUACAAAAAUAG